CACCGGAAGUAGACUGUGGGCUUUAGUUUCGUUUCUGGGCUGUCAGUCGGCUCGGAGCCGGAAGUGGUGCUGGUGACAGAGGGAGAAGGUGUGUGUGCGCCAUGGCGGGACUCAGCGCCCGGGAGAAGGAGGGGUGCCGCCGGCUGCUGGAGGGACUGGACACGGCGGAGCUCUUUUCUGUGGCGGAGACGGUCACCAACCGGCUUAUCUGUGUGUACAACCGGGAAGAGGCCAUCGAUGCCAUACUAGUCUACAGCAAGGAUGCUAAAGAGCUCUUGAAGAGGCGGAAAGUUCACCGAGAUGCAAUUUUUAAAUACCUGGCUGCUGAAAAACUUGCAGUGCCACCAUCUAGUGAGAAGAGUCAGCUGAUCCAAUAUGCGAUCGAUCACUGGGCAGGACCGAGAGUUGACAAGGCAUCAGUCCCCGAAAAGAAGGGCCAAGAAGCAGAGCCCCAUCAGGAGUCAACUGACUUUAAUUUACUUGGUGAAAAGUUUUGUGAGUGGUUCUACGUUCUCCUGAACUCCCAGAAUCCUUCCUUUGGACAAGUAAAGGGAGAGUGGGGACCUCAGCACUUCUGGGAGAAUGCCAUACUAAGGUUUGCCUAUAAUGCAGCAGAGCAAGCUCUAGAAGAACACAUUGGCUCCCAGAUGGCGAGUCUCCGCCUGCUUGCACUCACACGAGAUGAGAGACUGAUAUUUAGUCCUAGUACUGACAGAAAAGGAUUAAAAUGUGUGUCUUCUCCGCAUGGCCUGGUAGUGGUGGCAGUUGCUGGUACAAUCCAAAGGGACGGGGCCUGUUUAGGAAUAUUUGAACAGAUCUUUGGACUAAUACGCUGUCCGAUUGGUAAAAAUUGGAAGAUCAAGCAUGUGGAUCUGAAGGUCUUGGGGCAAAACUCUCUGAGCUCUGAGCAGACAAAAUGUUUGCCUUCUAUUACCUAUGAGACUAAGGACUUGGAAGUCUUCUUUUCUGAGUCUGCCAAUGACUGAUGGUUUGAACUGUUUAUGGAACACAAAUGAUUUUAUAUUUCCAGCAUUUUCUCUGCUGGCCUGUGAUGUUUUUUCAGUUCUAAUGAAACACAGAUCAGCAGAGAGUCAAAUUGAGGAUAAUGAUGUACACGCUACUCACUUUAAUUGCCUUUAAUCCCAAAAAUAUGUAAAAGUGCUUCUAAUGUUAUAUACAGUGUGUUAUAUAAAGUGUUAAAUACAUAAAGGUAUUCACAUUUGCUAUCAAGUCGGAGAUAGUUGUAUAUUAUCAGGCAUUUUAGACUAAUGCUGGCCAUACUCUGAAUUGGCCGAAAUUUGAGCCACGGGGGUGCGCCUGCCGGCAUCGCCCAACUCAACCAAACUUCAAUCUGAUAAAUCAAAGGAGAUGGGUGAAAAAAAUGUUCAGGCUGAAUGGUGCCAAUAAGAUACAGUCACUGUUGUGCUCUGUGUGUGAGUGAACUACAAGCCCUGACAUACUUCUGCU